UAAUUCUUUCAACUUGUGUAUAUAAUGUUCAGAAUUCACAUCAUAGACUCAGAACUUCACCACCUCCUUUUGUGCAAUUAACAAUAAUUAAAAUUAGAAUGUCUUUAAUAGCAGAAGCACCAGAAUUUCUUCAAGUCUUCUCUGAUGGAACAGUAAAACGUUUCAACCCAGAAACAUCCCCACCCACUUCACAAUCAUCAACCAAUCAAUACAAAUACAAAUCCAAAGACAUAAUCAUUGACCCAUCAAAACCCAUCACAGCAAGACUCUUCAUUCCUAACAAUUCUUCACAAACAACAAAACAAUUUCCCCUCUUAGUUUAUUUCCAUGGUGGUGGCUUCUGCAUCGGUUCCACAACAUGGCUUGGUUACAACAAUUUCCUCGCCGAUUUUGCUGUUACGUCGCAAUCCAUUGUCCUCUCCAUCGACUACCGAUUAGCCCCCGAACAUCGUCUUCCAAUCGCUUAUGAAGAUUGUUACUCAUCACUUGAAUGGAUUGCAGAAAAUGUAAAAAUUGAACCUUUUCUUCACAAUGCUGAUUUGUCUAAUGUUUUUCUCUCUGGUGACAGUGCUGGUGGCAACAUUUCACAUUAUGUUGCUGUUAAAGCUGUUAAGAAUAAUGGGUUUUGUCCUGUUAAGGUUAAAGGGUUGAUGCUAAUUCACCCUUAUUUUGGAAGUGAGAAGAGAACUGAAAAAGAGAUGGAGGAAGAAAGUGUUGAGGAUGUUAGAAUGAAUGAUAUGUUUUGGAGGUUGAGUUUGCCUGAGGAUUCGGACCGCGAUUUUUUCGGGUGUAAUUUUGAGAAAGAUGAGGUUUUUGAGAGUGUUUGGUUGAAGUUUCCUGCUGUUGAGGUUUAUGUUGCUGGGAAGGAUUUUUUGAAGGAGAGGGGUGUUAUGUAUGGUGAGUUUUUGAAGAAGAAAGGAGUGAAUGAGGUUAAGGUUGUGGAAGCUGAGGAAGAGAAACAUGUUUUUCAUGUGUUUGAGCCUGAUUCUGAUGCAACUAGGUUGUUACAGAGGCAGAUGAGUGAGUUCAUGAAGAGAUUUGGUUAGCUUUAACUGUUGUUGGCUAUGUAUUAUGGUUUGAAUAUGUUAAUUUGAUGAUGUCAAUAAGAAUUUUUUUCAAAAUAAAAAAGAAUUAUGAUGUUUUGUAAAA